GGCGGGGCGGGGCUUCAAACGGAAGGUGGCUGUUGUCCGAGCCGAAGCAGGUUUGAAACUGGGGGUCGGGCCCGGCAGUCGUUGUCUGUCGCCGCGGCCCCGCUUCCGGGCUAGGCCGUUCCUGCCCGCCCCCGCCCCGCCUCCCUUCGGACCCCUCAGUCUCAGGCCCCGGCUCCCCGCCUGACUCGCGCCCGGCCUGCAGCAGCUCGCUGUCGUCCCGGCCCGCACUGCGGCCCCGCCGCCACCACCAUGUCCCUGCACGGCAAACGGAAGGAGAUCUACAAGUAUGAAGCGCCUUGGACGGUCUACGCCAUGAACUGGAGCGUGCGGCCCGACAAGCGCUUUCGCCUGGCUCUGGGCAGCUUCGUGGAAGAAUACAACAACAAGGUCCAGCUUGUUGGUUUAGAUGAAGAGAGUUCGGAGUUUAUUUGCAGAAACACUUUUGACCAUCCGUACCCCACGACAAAGCUCAUGUGGAUCCCCGACACAAAAGGCGUCUAUCCAGACCUACUGGCGACAAGUGGCGACUAUCUUCGUGUGUGGAGGGUUGGUGAAACAGAAACCCGGCUGGAAUGUUUGCUAAACAAUAACAAGAACUCAGAUUUCUGUGCUCCUCUAACUUCCUUUGACUGGAAUGAGGUGGAUCCCUAUCUGUUAGGUACCUCCAGCAUUGAUACGACUUGUACCAUCUGGGGGCUGGAGACAGGGCAGGUGUUGGGGCGAGUGAAUCUUGUGUCUGGUCAUGUGAAGACCCAACUGAUCGCGCAUGACAAGGAGGUCUAUGAUAUUGCAUUUAGUCGGGCUGGGGGUGGCCGGGACAUGUUUGCCUCUGUGGGCGCUGAUGGCUCGGUGCGGAUGUUUGACCUUCGUCAUCUAGAACACAGCACCAUCAUUUACGAAGACCCACAGCAUCACCCACUGCUUCGCCUCUGCUGGAACAAGCAGGACCCUAACUACCUGGCCACCAUGGCCAUGGAUGGAAUGGAGGUAGUGAUUCUGGAUGUCCGAGUCCCCUGCACACCUGUCGCCAGAUUGAACAACCACCGAGCAUGUGUCAACGGCAUCGCUUGGGCCCCACACUCAUCCUGCCACAUCUGUACCGCAGCGGAUGAUCACCAGGCUCUCAUCUGGGACAUCCAGCAAAUGCCCCGGGCCAUCGAGGACCCGAUCCUGGCCUACACAGCUGAAGGAGAGAUCAACAACGUGCAGUGGGCAUCGACUCAGCCCGACUGGAUUGCCAUCUGCUACAACAACUGCCUGGAGAUACUCAGAGUGUAGCGUUGGCAGCGCCUUGCCCACGAGGCGGGGGCUUGUGUGUUUCCUGCCUCUGCCCCAUCCCCAAAGUAAGAAGAAAUGUGUUUCUGGUGGCCAGUAUGUCUCUCAUUGCUUUGCACCACUGUUACCAGAAGCUGCUCUAGGAGUUCCUGGCCGGUCGUCCCAUCGCUGUCUGUGCCAGACUCAGUGCUGUGUGGCGCCUCCUCAGCCCAGGGCUGAGUUUUAAGAUUUUUCUCUCCUUUUCUCUUCUCCUUUGGUUCCUCCAUUAAAAUUUUCUGUGUAUUUGUUUGUCAGCUGUUGCGUUAAUGAGCAUCGCAGGCCCUGGCUGUGUUGGUAUUCAUCUGCCCCAGAUGUCUCUUAUCUGUCUGCUGCCCAAGGCGGCGCUCUGUGUCUGUGUCAUGUUAGCACUUAAGUGGGAACAGAUACCGGUUUGGAGUUGUCUUUCUUCCUGUUAUCAGUGUCUUUAACAAAUUUAAACUUUGUAUAUUUUUUAACCUAUCAGGCUAAUUUUUUUACAAAAAGGAUUUUACUCUUCCUGGUUUCUUCCUUUGUUUCAUAGUCCACCCCAUGAGCACUUCCUCUCUUCCCUCAGUGCCUGGAUCUAGCACUGGGCCCUUGACCCCAUGAACAGUUUGCCUUCUUGAAUCACUGCCUGAGUGCAACAUACCUGAGCAGGAGUCCCAAACCGCCUCGGUGCUCUGAAGUCGGCCAGUUCUCUCACUUUUUCUGAGCCCGGCUCUUCUCAAGGACAUUCUGGGCUCCCAAACAGACAUGUGAAGCCUUUUCUUCCUCAAGUACCUCUGUCUGACAACCCCCCCCCCCCCCCCCCCACCCAGGACCUGCUGGCAAAGUGUUCGAGCUGAGAGAGACAGCGUGUCUGACUUGAAGGGAAUGGUUUCAGAAAAGCUGAGCUUAGAAUGCAUUUCCAGGACAUAGUUUCCAAGCCUGUAUUUCCCUCCUGAUGUAAGUCCCAGGCCAAUUUUCUUUCAUGUCUUGAGUGAUAGGCAAGCACAGUCUAUAAGCUGAACUUUGGUAUCUCUGGUUGGUUGGUUUACUGUGACUGAUGGUUGGCCGCUCUUUGAGUGAGAGGGUCCUACUUCAGAGGCACAUAGUCUGUGCCUCUAAUCCUGAACAAGAUCUCCUUUAGAGCGUGGGGGACUGCCAGCUCCUGGAAGGAGUGGACUAAUGGGCUGUGAUAAUCCCAGGCCAUCGAGUAAAUAGGUAGCUGUGGUGCCAGCCAGUUAAAGUGCGUCUGUCAACCCUCCCGCACCCACCCCCAGCCGCCCCAUCCCCCCUCCAUUAGGUGCUGAGCAGUAUUGGACUUGCAGGCUGCAGUGUCUGUUUCCGUUGUGUGUAUGAGUUCCAUGGAGGGGGCUUGUGUGUGCUUUGGGCGCUGGAUGAGUCUUUGGGCAGGCAGGGUUUGGGACAUGCUCAGUCUUGGGGGCCUUUGGUCUAGUGUGUUCUGCCAUAGGUUUUUUAGCCCCUGAGUUGUGCAGUGUUGAGUAGGGGAGUAGCAGACCUUAAAGCCACUUUAAGGUUUUGUCCACUUGUGUUCUCACCUGCUCUUGAGAAACAAAACAGUUUUGUUCUUCUGGGCCCUUAAACUCUUCUGGUUGAGUCUCCUUUUCCAGGGCAGAUGUAUUUUUGUCUCCAAAGUCCCAGCUCUUUGCUUUACUACACAGGCGCUUGUCCAAAGAAAAAGACUCUUUCUUAGUGUCUUCCCCCUUCUACUUUUUUACUUUCUUAUUCCAAUUUUGAGGCUCUUUAGCUGGCCCUCCACUUGAGGUUGACUUUGCUGCAUUUACUACCAGAUUUGCACUGUGUCAUUCAGAGGUGUAAAGUGAGCAGUUCUUGGUUAGAGCCCUCCUUUGCUUGUAAUUGUAUUUGCUGGUUCCAGGGUCCCUCUCCUAAGGGUAGCAAGUCUGAGUUGAUGGUAGCUUGCUCUAGGAGGCCAUCGGGUCCUUCCCCUGGCAAAGGGUCUGAGAUGGAGGUCAGACUGGUAGGAGGGGCUGGUCCUCCUGGGCCAACAUUUAACCGCACUGAGUUCUAUGUUCAGAUUUCUUUCCUGAUCUGCACUUAAGCAUGGUCUGCAUGGUGAGAUUUGUCAACUGGAACUGGAAAACAAUCAGGGGAAAUAAUUAGUCUGUAAUAAUUAGAAUAUAUUUGCAUAAAGUUGCUAUCAUUCUGGAAACCAACAACUUUUGGUGGGUUUUUUCCCUUGUCCUGUGGCUCCCAAACCUUUCUUCCCUCCCUAGGUCCUGUAGUGUGCUCCUCCUCCCCCUGGCAUCCCCCUGGCAUCCACCUGGGGCCAGGUGAGACUCCCCAGUCUCCCUGCACAAACACACACACACUCACAGUUGCAGAAAUGCCGGUGUUUUGAAGUCCCAGCUCUCUUACCCUCCGUUUACACCAUAGGCCAGGUGGCCUCAUGGCUAAGGAGAGGAUUUCUAUAGUCUCAAGACUGAGAAAGCCUCUUAGCCAGGGAUGCUCCGGGAAGCAAAGAUCUGUUGUUGUAACAAAAGCAAGUGUCUAUUGGUGGCCCUUCCAUGUGGCUCCUGUGGCCCCCUCUACCCACUGCCUCCAUGGGGCCAAAGCUGCCUGUUUUCCUUGUCCACUCUGAGGGGACUGAGAGGUGCUGAAUAAAUUUGGCUUCAGGUUCCACAUCAGGGAGUUGGUGAAUGGAUACAAGUCAUUCAGGGGCUUGAGUAUUUAUACCCAGAAGAGUUGGAACCCUCUCCUUCUAGGGAGGAAUGGAGCUGUCAGUCAAGGGCUUGAAGAGGGAAGAUACUUGAUCACUUGGUGAGAAUUUCUUACCAGAAUCAGGAUCACCUCUCAACCAGUUAAGAUUGGGGGUAGGAGAGUACAGAAAAAGUUGAGGGUCCUACAAGGUUUUAAUGAUGGUUUUGGCUGAAAUUUUCGGAGGAGAUUUAAGAUAUGGGAGAAAAUCUGUGGUAAGUGUUUCUUUAGAUCAAGGGAAAAGAUAUUAGAGGACAUGAAAGGUCUGGGGUGGCCAUGGAAUGAAGCUGUGCCCUCAGCCCGUGUCAGCCUUUUUGGAACUUCUGUCAGAUAAUCUGUGGCACUGUCUAAUUGUGGGGACAGGAUGCCAGCUCGGGCAGAGGAGCCCCUUCCUGCAGCACUGAGCCAUGGGUGAUGUUGAUGGCAACAGUCCACAGGUGUUGGCAGUCCCGUGGCCAUUCGUGAUCAUGGCUGUCCUUGGUUGUAGGCUUGUACAGAGCAGAGGAAGCAGAGGUGGUACACGGUCCUGCCGAUUUUCCUCCCUUCCCUUUUCUUUUUCUUCCUCUGUCCUUGCCGCCAUAGAACUUUCUCCCUGCUGCAGGCUGGGCCUCAAGGCUGAGGUGGUAAGAACAGUUGGGAGCUUACAGGGUUUACCACAUGGCAGGGGCCUCCCCUGGUUUGAGAAUGUGGCAGCUUCUUUGCCUGCCUGGGUUGGAGUAAGGGAGACCAUUCAAGUAGACCCCUCUCUCAAAGCAGAUGCUUCCCUUUACUCCCUGCACUCCAGGAUGAGGAAAGAAGGUCAUGCCUGGCACUUAAGUUGAAAUUUCCCAGGGAGAAGAGCUGAGCUGAGCGUCACUGCGAGCCCUGGAGAAGGCUCUUUGUACUGGCUGGGCCAGCUGCCCACAGUGUCUCCUGUUGCAGAGCUUUGUCUGCCUUUCUCACCUGUACCCUCUUCUUCUCCCACCAUUGUCAUUGCCACUGGCUCUCAGAGUCAAAGGUGUGACUAUAUAGUGUCGGCCCGGUCCUCCCAGGCUACUUUGUGGAUAUUGUUUUUUAAGUCUGGAAACAUGCGGGUGCCUUCCCCAAGAGGCUUGGACUGGUAUAAAACCAGAAACAAAUAAGCUAGUGAAAGUAUGAACUCAAGAAGAAGGAUGUUGGCAGUCUGUGUAACAGCUAGAAAACUUACGAGGACCCACCUUUAGGACAACCCAUUGGCUAUGGUCUCGUGGUGUCUGCUGUUGAAGAGAAAUGCUCUCGCCUGGGGUUGGUUGUGGUAACCUGGUGUGCAACGAGACUUGUUGAGCUAAAGCUUUGACUUGGCUUGAGUUGAGUGUGGAUCACUUGCUUUGGUUCCCGUGUAUUUUAUGACCCUGUCAGUGACCUCCCACCCUUCCUCCCCCGAGUGUGAACUUGUAGCAUGAUUGUACAAACCUCUAUGUAGGAAAUGGAGAUUCCUUGUUCUCCAAGAUGUUAAGCUCUAACCAAUCAAUUUCUGUCUCCUCUAGCCUAGUACGUCUGAACUUCAUUUAUUGUUAUAUAUUUAAACUUUUCCUCUAUACUCUAGCUUUUGUGACCUCCCAUGGUCAGGUGGAGAGGAAGCUGUCCCCUUGCAGAACUGUACUAUCCCAUUUUUCUUUUUUAAAAUACUAUUAUCACAGGACUGAUUGUACACAGGGCUCGUAAUAAAAUGUUAACACUGUGCUGUGAGACCACAAUGGUAAAUCUCCAUUGAAGGCAACUCCAAAGGCACCUGAAAGUGGAAUGUUACAUCUAUGACUUUAUUUCUUGCUUCCUGAGUAUAUUAAACCUAAUUUUCACCCUUUCAUUCUGUUUCAGCCUCCUGUAUAAGAAGUACCGUAUUUUCUGCCCAUCACACUUUGUAAUAAAACUUGAACAUGUAUAGAUUGA